AUGAUCAUUACAACAGAAGACAGAAUCGAUCUCACCUUGAUCAAAACAGUUCGUGUAAUCUGCAACGAUCCAUAUGCAACUGAAUCCUCUAGUGAAGAUGAAGGAAUAAUCUCCGGCAAUAAGCCUCGCCGUCCGAUCAAACCAAAACCACCACUAAAACGUUACGUCUCAGAGAUUUGUGUCCCUACACUAAUCCAACGGUACGAUAACAAACCGAAUUCGAUUUCAGUAACCGGAAACCGGAAAUCUUCGUCGGGAUACAAAGGCGUAAGACGGCGAACUUGGGGAAGAUUCGCGGCAGAGAUAAGAGAUCCAUUUAUGAAAAAGAGAGAAUGGCUUGGAACGUUUCAAACUGCUGAAGAAGCAGCAGAAGCUUACCGGAAAAGAAAAUGUGAGUUUGAUGAACAAUUGGGUCUAGUUAACCAACCCGGUUUAGUUAAACCGGGAAAAAUCGAUGUAGAUUUAACCAAAUCGUGUGGUUUAAGUAAACCGGAGGAGAUCGGAGUAGAUUUAACCAAAUCGUGUGGUUUAAGUAAACCGGAGGAGAUCGGAGUAGAUUUAACCAAGCCGUGUGGUUUAAGUAAACCGGGGGAGAUGAGGGUAGACUUAACGAAGCCGUGUGGUUUGAGUAAACCGGCAGAGAAGAUAAUAGACCUAACCAAGCCGUGUGGUUCAAGUAAAGUGGGAGAGAAGGAAGUAGAGUUAACCAAACCACCGUAUGAUUUGCUUUCCUCGCCAUCAUCAGUUCUAAUUCCGUCCACGGCAUCUCCGGACGACGACGAUAGUGAGGAUAAUGGCGAAGCGAAGAAGGAGCAAUUGAUAGAAUGUUGGAAGAUCCGUUAA